UACACACAUCAAUAAAAUCUUCUCCCUCUCUUUAUAUUAAACUUUUCUCUCCUCUCUCUCAUACGUUACUAAUAUAUAAGAGUAGUAAAUAUAUAAGUUUUAUAACGAGAUAAUUAUAUUGAUGUAAUGGUGAUAGAACGAGGGCCACUAUUGGGAGAAGAAAAGAAAUUGCAGACAGAUUCAAAUCACGUAUUCAUUGAUUGAAUCAUUUGUUAAGAACUGAGAAAUUAAAGAGGGAAGGAUGCAAACGGAAGGCGAAUUGAAUUGAAUUUGGAAUCUUUUCGUGUGGGAUCAAAAAUGGCGGGAGUGUCAGUGUCCGCUCUUGCGAAAUACAAGCUUGUGUUCUUAGGUGAUCAGUCCGUCGGAAAAACCAGCAUCAUUACCCGAUUCAUGUACGACAAAUUCGACAACACCUACCAGGCUACAAUUGGUAUUGAUUUUCUAUCAAAAACUAUGUAUCUUGAAGAUCGAACCAUUCGGCUGCAGUUGUGGGAUACUGCUGGACAAGAACGAUUCAGAAGUCUUAUUCCAAGCUACAUUAGAGAUUCAUCUGUUGCUGUCAUCGUCUAUGAUGUUGCAAGCCGUCAGACGUUCCUAAACACAGUAAAGUGGAUCGAGGAGGUGCGCAGUGAAAGAGGCAAUGAUGUUAUUCUUGUUCUUGUUGGCAACAAAACUGACCUUUUGGACAAGAGGCAGGUCUCUACAGAGGACGGGGAAGAAAAGGCACGUGAGCUAAAUGUUAUGUUUAUUGAAGCUAGUGCAAAAGCUGGUUUUAACAUAAAGGCUCUCUUUCGCAAAAUUGCUGCUGCGUUACCCGGAAUGGAAACAUUAUCUUCCUCGAAACAAGAUGAUAUGGUCGAUGUCAACCUUAAAACUUCUGGUGGUAAUGAUUCUCAAGCUGAGGGUGGUUGUUGUUGAUCCUGCCUUGUCUUCCAGUUUUUAUUUAUUUAUUUAUAUUUAUUUAUUAUAUUUGUGUAUCUGUCUGCUCCAUGCUGCCUUGUUUUUGGAUGUGUUUGCUUCAUAUUUGUAGAAAAAAAGGUUCAUUAGUCUUUUUAGACUUUGUUAGCAUAUGCAAGAGGAAAACAAAUUAGAGAAAACAAGUGAAGAUUCGGCAGUGACAAAUUUGUUCUCUUUGUUAUAUGACUAAAUUAAUUUAAUUGAAAGAAUUUUUGUAAUGAUCCCGAUACUUUUGAUAUUAGAA